CCCCAUCCACUGCUUCACUCCACCUCUUCUCUCCUCUCAUCUGUGUCGUCUCUUUUUCUCUCCCUCUCUCUCUCUCUCUCCCUCUCUCCCUCUCUCUCUCUCUCUUUCUCUCUUCGCCGUGUAUGAGCUGGUCAGUAUGGACAGCAUGGGAUGCAUGUGGACUCUGGGGCUCGUCUGUCUCUCUCUGACCCUCGGGUGGACACAGGGACAGUCCACCAACAACUACUCCAGGCCUGUGUUCCACUGUGGGGGGAACGUGGAUGGAGACACCGGCUUCGUGGGCAGUGAGGGCUUCCCAGCCUUCUACAAACACGACAGCAAAUGCACCUGGUACAUCACUGUCCCGGAAGGGAACGUGGUCAUUCUCACCUUCAGGAUCUUCGACCUGGAGGCCGACUCCCUCUGUCGCUAUGACUACCUGGACGUCUACAACGGCCACUCCAACUUGGUAGAGAAGCUGGGGCGCUUCUGCGGAACGUUCCGGCCCGGCACACUCAUGUCCACCUCCAACACCAUGAUGCUGGAGAUGGUGUCCGACUCGGGCACCGGGGGGAGGGGAUUCCUAGGCUACUUCCAGGCAGGAAAGCCCCAUGCUGAUGAUCAGCUUUGCGGAGGGAAAUACACCAAGUCCCAGGGGUCACUGCAAACCCCCAACUGGCCACAGAAACACUACCCACCUGGGGUCACCUGCUCCUGGCUUAUCACCGUGGAGCCUAACAUGGCUAUUGAGGUGAACUUUGAGAAGUUUACCGUUGAGGGAGACACUUACUGUCGCUUUGACUAUGUGGCACUUUACAAUGGAGGAGAGAGGGAGGACUCCAGACGCAUUGGCAAAUACUGUGGAGAGGUGCCCCCCAAGGAGAUAGUGAGUAAUGGCAAUGUCCUGCUGGUGCAGUUUGUGUCCGACACCAGCGUCACCUCCGACGGCUUCAUGGCCACCUACCGCAGUAUCCCCCGCGGCUCCAAGCCGCCCACCACGGGGGAGGACGUCGUGACCGGACCCCGCGUGGGGUCUGAAUCCCGCGUGCCUGUGGUCAGAACCGACCGGCCCGUCAAACCCGAGAAAUCACAGCCCAGGAAGCCCACGGCGAAACCCGCCACGACCACUACCACCACCACGACGGUGCGGCCCACGCCAAAGCCUAAACCCGUCCGGCCGGUCAGGCCAGCCAGGCCGGUGAAGCCACAGCGCAGACCUGUGACCAAACCUGAGAACGGCAAGCCAACAAGAACCAGAGCUCCCCUGAACCCACUGUGUGCACAGGCAUGCAAAAGAGAUGGAAACAUCAAGGCCAGCUACUGUGCCAGUGAAUUUGCGAUCACUGCUAGGCUGACAGCAGUUACGCCCAAGCCUGGCGGUGGGGUGCAGAUCUCCGCCACCCUCAUCAAGGCCUACAAGGCCGGCCGGCUGACCAUCACCCAGGCUGGAGCGGACAUGUCCAUCAAAAUGGUCUCCAUGUGCCAGAAAUGCCCCGUGCUACGCAGAGGUGGCAGCUACAUCCUGAUGGGUCAGGUGGACGAGGAUGGCCGCGGCACCCUGGCACCUGGCAGCUUCACUGCCCUCUACAAGGCUCCUCACCACAAGAUCCUCACCAACAUCAGCAACCAGCCAUGCUAACGCCUCACAAACACUCCCACAGGCACAGCAGCUCACCACCGCUGAGACAAGCACCACCACCGCUGAGACAACACCACCACCGCUGAGACCAGCACCAGCAGGCGUGUUGCGACUGAAGCAGGCAGGGUAUGGAAAACAGAUCAUACAUGGAAGGAAAUGAAGUCAGAGAUGCACACACUCUCCUUUUACCAUAACAGGACUGGUAUUAGAAAAACAAAAGUACAAUAAUGAAAAAUACAGCUGAAGUGUGAAAAGGCCAAAACUCUUAACUUGCAGCCGAGGUAUCCGUCCGUACUUUUUUACGAGGAGCUCAUAGUACAAAGCGACAGCUUUAUAACUUCACAUAGUGGGACUAUAUUUUUUACUACAAGUUUUAUACACGCAGACAUGUCGCAUAUUAUAUUUCUAUGUAAAUUAUGAUGAUGUCUUUGAAUAAAAAACAACUUUUAUAUAACACAA